UCUUCAACCUUGUUCACAACUGGAUUUCAUUUCUCUGAAUCUAGCUACCCUUCAAAUCUCUCCAUCCAUGGCAAAGAAAACUCACUCUUCUCGUCAACCUUCAUCACAAACCCCUCAUGCAAAAACACUACCAACACCCCCUCCUUCAAAACCUGAACCCCCUUCUCAACCACCUCCUCCUCCUUCUAACCCCUCCCGUCCUAACCGUUCCAAGAAGCCAACACCUAUCGCCGCCGCUGCUGCUGCCGCUAAAUCCUCCAAAUCUCAUAUCGCUUUCUCCCAAAAUGAUGUAAUCCUUAUUCUCAAAGCUCUUCUAGAUUUCAAAUCUCAAACUGGAAACGACCCAGACAAAGACUUCAAAGCUUUUCAUGAGUCAUUGAAGGAUUCACUUAGCAUCAAAACUACAGUGAGGAAGCUCAGAGAAAAAGUUCGAGUUUUGAAGCUGAAAUUUGACAAGUAUUGUCAAAACAAUGAAAAAGAUCUUACUUUUUCUAGCUCUUAUGAGAAAGAAGCUUUUGAACUUUCUCAGAAAUAUUGGGGUCAAGAGAAAAAAGUUGAAGAAAAAGAAAAACAACCCAAAAAGAAGUCUUUGAAAAUAGUUGAAGAAAAAGAAAAACAACAACCCAAGAAGAAAAUUGUUGCUAAGAAACCUGCUAAGGAAGAAUCUGCAAAAGGGGAAAGUAGUGGUAAAAUGGGUCAUGUUAAUUUGAGUGAAAGUUUUGAUUUUGAUGAAACGUGUAUGGGUUUGAAUAUGUUGAAGAGGGGGAUGGAGUUGCUUGGGGAAGAAAAGAGGGAAGAGUUGGAAACAAGGUGGAAGAAGUUGAAAGUUCGGGAAAUGGAAGUGUUAGUGAUGCGUGCUGAGUUAGUUAAAGAUCAUGCUAGAUUGAUCUUGAAUGAAUUAGAAGGAUGAUGGAUCCUCGUAGAUCGGAAGCAUUUAGAAGUUGAUUGCUGGUAAAUCUAAUCUAAUUUGGUACUUUAUUGUCGAUUUGUCUUAGAUUUGUAGUUACUUUGUUUUCGAUAUGAUAAGUGAUAACUACUAUUAUUAGUGAUGUUUUAAUUAGAUUAUGUUGCUGAACAUAUGCAAUGCACAUGUUGUGAAUGAUGUUCUUAUGGUUGUAAUAUUGUUGUAGUAUUGUUGUAGUAUCGGUAUGUUUGGAAAAUCUUGUUAUAGAGACCUCAAACAUCGGCUCAAAAUAUGAAACUUGAUUGUUGGUUGAACUUUUAUUAUUUGUGUUAUUCCAACUAUCAUGAUGCUCA